AUGCACAAACUAAUCAAAUUAUCCAGAAAAUUUGCAUCGCUUUAUACACCUGCUGAUAAACUCAACCACAAAUCACUUUCUGCAGCAGAUUUAUCUUAUUUUGAGUCAAUUCUCCCUAAGUCUGGAAUAAUCCAAGCAGAUCUAAGCUCUCAUAAUACUGAUUAUAUAGGGAUUUUUAAGGGAGAAAGCACGCUUAUGCUAAAACCAACAAAUGUAGAGCAAGUGCAAGCGAUUAUUAAAUACUGCAAACAAGAAAGGCUUCCUAUUUGCCCUCAGGGUGGAAAUACUGGACUUGUAGGGGGAAGUGUGCCUGUAUUUGACGAAAUUAUUUUAAAUACUUCACAAAUGAAUAACAUAUUCGAUUUUGACGAAAACCAAGGAAUCGUUGCUUGCCAAAGUGGCACUAUUUUGGAUGCCUUAUCAAAUUAUGCAGAAGAAAGAGGAUUUGUGGUACCUUUAGAUUUGGGCGCUAAAGGAUCCUGCUUUAUUGGCGGAAAUAUUUCAACAAAUGCUGGAGGGAAUAGGUUUAUCAGAUACAAGUCUUUACAUGAGACUACUAUUGGGUUAGAAGUAGUGACAGGAAAUGGUGACAUUUUAAACACAAUGGACUAUCCAAGCAGAAAAAAGGCUGCGAUUGAUUUCCAUCAUUUAUUUAUAGGCUCAGAAGGCACUUUAGGUGUCAUAACUGCAGCUAAAAUCCAGCUUUCCCCCAAGCCUACGUCUCAAAAUGUAGCAUUUUUGGCUUGCAAUAAUUUUGAUGAUAUUUUGAAAAUUCUUGGCUUAGCCAGAAAAUUUUUAGGAGAAAUUUUGUCUGCUUUUGAAAUGAUGGACAAGCAGUCUUACAAUUUGGUUUCAGCAUAUAUCCCAAGAUUUAAAAAGCCUUUUGAGAAAUCUUAUGGCUUUUAUGUGCUUGUUGAAACUUUAGGAAUAAAUCAGACUCAUGAUAAAGAAAAAAUGGAAAUCUUCAUUGAAAAUUGCAUGAAAAUGUGUGCGUUGGAUGGGAUAGUUUGUAGAGAUUUAAAACAAAUGCUGGAUCUAUGGAAUAUUAGAGAAAACUGUGGGCCUGCUGCAGCAAGGGCUGGAUAUGUAAAGAUUAUAUAGUGUUUUAAGUUUGAUAUCAGCACUCCUCAUGCCUUAUAUUAUAAAACUGUUGAAGAUGUUAGAGAAAUUGUAGGGGAUGAUGGAAUAACUAUCGGCUUUGGACAUAUUGCAGAUUGCAAUUUGCAUAUAAAUAUAGCAGUUCCUAAAGAAAUAGCAAAAAAUGUCGGAGAGCGCGUCAAUAAUUUUUUAUUUGAAUAUUUACAGAAAAUAUCUGGAAGCGUCAGCGCAGAGCAUGGUAUUGGGCUUCAAAAAAAGGACAAAUUAAAGUAUGCAAGGACUUCUGAAGAAAUUGAAAUAAUGGUAAAUAAUAUUUAGAGAAGAAUAAAGAAAGCCUAUGAUCCAGCUGGAAUAUUGAACCCUUAUAAAGUCUUAACUAUUAAAUAA